CAUCGAGCACUCUCUAGCACGACCAUUCAUCCACGCCAGGCCGUUACAAUGGCAAGGGCCAGAAAUAGCCCCACUUAAUCAAAGAUACCAGAAGCGCUCCUCUCCGGCAUCGCAUCCAUCUCCAACCCUGAGGAUCUAGAGCGCGAAAGUCGCUGAACAUGGCGUCGCCGAACAACGGAACUGCCGCUUCAUCGCCGCAGCCCACCUCCGUCCAUGAAAUUAUCCCAGCGCCUAUCGCCACAAAUGAGCAGCGAGUCUGCUUCAUUUGCUUGCAGAACGACACAGACACGCCCAACGCAACAUGGGUGAACCCAUGCCCCUGCAGCCUCGAAGCCCACGAGGAGUGUAUGCUGCGAUGGAUUGCCGAGAUGGAGGCAUCACCUCGCCAGUCGAAAAAGGGUGGCUUCAAGUGUCCGGCUUGCAAGGCCACCAUCACAGUCGAGGAGCCGCACGACCCCCUGCUUGCGAUUAGGGAUCUACUCUAUGCCCGAUACAGCCGCGUGUCGCCAUACAUCUUGACCUUCAUCAUAACGGGCGGCAGCUUUGCCGGUGCUUUGUGGUACGGCCAGACCGCGGCCAGUAUCUUCGCCGGCCGCCGUGCCGUGGCCCGGUGGAUGUGGCCGGGGGAGCGCCAACGAUGGCCGUCGACCCUGAUUAAGUUAUGGAUCUUGUCAUCUAUCGGGCCCGGUUUGGUGAUCAUGCGGUGGCUUCCGUGGCUCGGGACUGUUGUAGUUCUGCCCUUCUCCGUCCUGUACAGCGCAACCCUGGUCGCUCAGGACGAUCUUCCCACAUGGCCUCCGUCGCCGCACUGGGUCGUGGCGCUGAUGCCGCUCGUACAACUCAGUUACUCCUACCUGUUGUACGACCUGUUCGGACCGUUGGAACGGCGAUUGAACCGCGCACUGCGUGGGCUACCCGCCACCGAGGACGACGCAGCAUUGAGAAAUGGGGCGGAGCAAGCAGGUGCGGCUCCCGCGCCCACAGCAGGUGCGGCUCCCGCGCCCGCCGCAGGAGCAGCUGCCGCCCGGAACGAACAAGAAGCCGAUGGGCUCUGGGGCGCAUUCGCCAAUCUCGGCCGCGCCGUUCUAGGGCUCUUUGCCGACGUCCGCGUUGAAGGAGCGGGCAAUGUCGAUGUCGAACUUGCCAAUGAGCACUUCGAGAUCAGGAUAGGAGCCGAGCUCGCCGACGACCAAGACGAGAUUGAUGCCGGGCGCGAUCUGGAGGAUGAGGAUGUGGACGGGGGCAGAGACGGGUUUCAACUCCCUGCCGAGGCAGCAGCACAACACGAGGAACAGCAGCAAGUCCAGAACCCACAAGAGCCUGCAGACCAGCGACAACCCAGGCCAGAAGCGGCCCAGCAGAACCAAAACGUCCAGAACGCUCCCGACAAUCAACGCAACAACGACGACGUGCCCGAAGGCUCGUACUUUACCCUCGUCAUCAACAGCCUUGUCACAUCCCUCCUCUUCCCCGCCAUCUCGUACGGCAUGGGAGAGCUCAUACGCGCCGUCGCCCCAAGGACCUGGGUAGCACCGGCACGCUCGUGGGGCAGAAAGGGGCCAGCCGGCCUGCUGCAGCAACGCUGGGGUCGCAGCCUGGUGGGUGGGUGCCUCUUUGUCGUGAUGCGGGAUGCGAUCGCGUUGUAUACCAAGUACAGGCGGGUCCAAGUACGGGCGAAGAGGAGAGUCAGGAACGUUGAGAGGAGGACAGGGUCUAGGUCUACGGGAGAGGCGGCAUGAGAGAAGGGCAAUGUUGGUGCGGAAGAAGGGUGGCGAAGUUAGAAUGCAAACCUAAUGAACAUUUGCCGUGAUAUAACACAUUGGAUCGAAAGGAUGCCAGGAGGGCCAUUCUAAUCGCCGGGUACACUGGGUUGCAACGACCCGUUGAACUAUACCGAGCCUGCGCGGAAUUGAGCAACCAUUGCCCGAUGCCAAGGGCGAGAAUCU